UCAGUGAGAUAAAAUUUCAUUGGCAGUUAAUUUGCAGCAAUCAAUACUGCUGGCUUCAGCGAUUUGAUUUGAGUAAAAAACAACUAGCGUACUGCAUAAUACGUUCUGAGAGAAUAUUAUGUCUUUUAAAUAGAUGUUUGCUAUAAAGAAAUCAUUUAUAAUUUUGUACUUGUUAAGUUUAUGCAAAAGAAUAUUUGGUACGAAAUCACAAAAUGAAUUAUUCCUCAGUACAUUAAACGGUAAAAUUAUAGGCGGACAUCCGGUUAGAAUAGAAAGUUUUCCUUUUAGCGUCUUGUUCUUUAACGAUGGUUCAGUAUGUUCUGGGGUCAUCUUAAAUAGUUUGAGUUUACUGACUGCCGCGCAUUGUUUCCAAGUUAAUAAAAAUAAGGAAAAAAUGGAGAUUGCGAUAGGAAGCAGAUACGUUCAUGACUACGACGCCGAAAUAUUCGAAGUGCUUAGUAUUGUAAUACAUGAGGAUUACAGCAAGAUUAUGCCUUUCGCGUCCGAUAUUGCUUUAAUAUUUCUGAAGGAGUCGAUAAAGUUUGACGAGAAGAAGCAAAGAGCUGUGUUGGUUAGUAAUGAGGACUGGAUGAAAUGUGACAACGAUGAGGAUUGGAAGAAAUGUAAGGAUCAAGAUAAUGUGGUUGCAGUUGGAUGGGGAUGGACUAAGUACGGGGGAUCAUUAUCGGAGCUCGGUUUGCUGCAGACAACUUUGCGGUACGUUCCCAGACAAGAGUGCGAGAAGUUGCACGGCAUGAGACUGGCUGAGGACAUGUUUUGUUUGUAUGGAGACGCGGCUCGAGACACCUGUAGGGGUGACUCUGGGGGAGGGGUCCUUUGGAAUGGGUCUGUUAUCGGAAUUGUUUCUCAUGGUAAUGGAUGUGCUAAAAAAGACAAACCAAGUGUGUAUAUUAGUGUGUAUUACCACCGCCAAUGGAUUGAAAGGCAGAUCAAGAACUUUACUAAAAAUUACUGCAAAUUGAAGUCACUGGACAGUUAUAACCAAGAACAUAAAUUAGAAAAACUUACUAUAUGGAUGUUAUAA